UCCAAGCACUUGUUUGAUCUCGACAUUUAUUUUUAUCAAGUUUGUCAUCAAAAACAACAUAUGCUACGUCAGAUUAUUUGUAAGACUACCUAGUUUACAGACGUGUGGAAGAAGAAAUUAAUAUAUAUAAACGAUCACAGGUAAAGACAAAAGAGUAGCACAUAUAUAUAUACAUGUAUAUAAAUACCUAAACUAUAGAAGAAUCUUUAAUAUGUAAAAAUGCUUUCAUGGAUAAAACCAUUUAUGCAAAGAGAGGAACAAAGGUCAUUAAGUCGAAACAGUGACCAAGAAGAAGAUGGAUUUUUAGUUGUAGGACAAACUAAAAGUGAAAAGACUACAAUUGUCGCUAGUGAAUUUAAUUCAAACAUAGAUAGACCACCCAACUACAUGGAGGUAGAUAACCAAGCUUUACCAGACUACUCUGCAGCUUUAUCAAGGGAAGUAACUCCGAACAAUAGACAAUGUACAAGUGAUGUCUAUCAACAAAGUGGUGAUAACACUAACAAUGAUUACUCAGCUAAUGCUCUACAGGACGUACCAUUCUCUGUCAAUCCUAAACUACAACUUAUGUGGGGAGUAGGUCACAUGGGCAUGCCAAAUCAAAGAUGCUACGACCCAUCGAAAUAUGAUUAUGACUUUACAUUAGAAUACUCUAUACUUCAUUCCAGUUUUUAAUCAUGAACCUGAGAUUUUGUCAUUUAAAUUCAGAGAUUAACAAAUUAUAACAUGUAUAAAUAGAGAAAAAUGACCAAAAUAAAUCAGUAACAUGAUGACCUUCAAUAUGAUGACUCAGUGAGUCGUCAUAUUUAAGGUCAAAGUCUCAGCUUUAAAUUCAUUCAGGCUUGUUGGUGACAGCGAGAAUUCAGGAAUAGAUAUAGCAUAUAGUCAUAUUCUUAUGUAUUGAUUGUACCAAGUUUCUCUUGAUUUUUUCAUCCAUCUUAAAAUAAUAUUUACCUGUAAUAAAUACAAUGUAUCAUAAAUGAAAUUGACUAGUAGUAACUUAAAUGGUAUCCCAUUGUAUUAGACAUAUGCAAUUUACAUCCAUUUUAAAUUUCAUACAAUUUCUAAAAAAAAAAUACAAUUUAUAUAAAGAAAAUAAUUCAAUGAAUACCUGUAACAUUAUUUCAAGUAGUUUGUUUCUUUAUUUAGUUUAAUAUUGUGUUAAUGAUGUAAAAUAUGGCACCAAAUAUUUUACUGAAAAAUGUACUGAAUUUAUUAUGUAGACAGUAUUGCUGUACACAUCAUUUUUACAGUUCAGCCAUUCUUUAAUUACUCAGUAAAUGUACAAUGUACCAUUUGUAAAAGUAAAAACUAACCUUCU